CCGCGUUGGCUCUGCGCUCGGGCACGCAGCAUGUGAUUCCGGGCCGGCCGGAGCCAGGGGAGGGGCUGCCGGGCCGGCCUCUUCCUUCUCCCGCUUAGCCCUCCCCGCGUCGGGGCGGGGAGGCUGCCUGAAUCACGGGCAUCAUGUGCCCGAUGCCCGGGCUCCAGCGGGGCAUUUAAAUGCCAGCGGGCGCCGGGCCCGGAGCAACGCCAGCCUCCGCCACCAUCUCCGCCGCCGGCCCGAAGCAGACGCCCGGCCUGAUCCAUCUCGCCCGGAGAGAGACGAUUGCGCGCUCCUCGCCCGGGUCCUGCUUCCCAUCCCUCGCCGCGCUGUGCGCUUUCGCCGAGGCCGCUCGCCAUGAGAGCCAUCCCCGCGCCCGGGAUCCGAUUCCUGCGCUCUUUCUCCAGGGACAGCUGGUACCGGGGAUUAAUUCUUGUGUUGACGUUCCUGUGCUAUACCACUUUCCAUCUCUCACGGAAGCCCAUUAGUAUAGUAAAGAGUGAACUGCAUUAUAACUGUUCUUCGCGGGGACCCAAUCCGUACAAUGAAUCAAACAGCACUACGUGGUGUGACUGGAAGCCUUUUGAUCAGGAAAACUACAAAGAACUAUUUGGAGCCCUGGACAAUGCAUUCCUGGUUGCCUACGCUAUAGGAAUGUACAUCAGCGGGGUCUUUGGCGAGCGCCUCCCAUUGCGCUACUAUCUGUCUGGAGGAAUGUUGCUGAGCGGGUUGUUCACUGCCUUAUUUGGACUGGGCUACUACUGGAACAUCCAUGAACUGUGGUAUUUUGUUCUCGUACAGGUCCUCAAUGGCUUGGCACAAACAACGGGAUGGCCGUCCGUAGUGACGUGUGUCGGCAACUGGUUUGGAAAGGGGAAACGAGGCUUCAUCAUGGGCAUCUGGAAUUCGCACACAUCUGUAGGAAACAUUUUAGGAUCCCUGAUUGCUGGUACCUGGGUUUCAAACGCCUGGGGCCUGUCGUUCAUCGUGCCUGGGAUCAUCAUAGCCAGCAUGGGCGUCAUCUGCUUCUUGUUCCUCAUUGAAUAUCCCGAAGACGUCGACUGCAGCCCUCCUCUCCAUCACGCUGCCGGUUUGGAAGAGAAAGGUCUCGAGGCAGGACACUCCAUCAGCGACGGGAGCCUAAAUGUCUCCAGCAACAGCCGAGAAAACAUUGUGGACAUGUCGGAAGAUAGCAAAGAAUCGACGGACAACCGGGAAGCCAUUAGUUUCAUUGAUGCCCUACGGAUACCUGGAGUGGUAGAGUUCUCCUUUUGCCUGCUGUUUGCAAAACUAGUCAGUUACACGUUCCUUUACUGGCUUCCCCUCUACAUUGUGAAUGUGGCUCAUUUCACCGCGAAAAAGGCGGGGGAUAUGUCCACCCUCUUUGACGUCGGCGGCAUAAUUGGAGGCAUCAUGGCAGGUCUUAUCUCUGACUACACAGGUGGCAGGGCCACGACAUGCUGUACGAUGCUCAUUUUGGCUGCUCCCAUGCUCUAUGUCUACAACCAUGUUGGCCAGAAUGGACUAGCAACGUCAGUAGUGAUGUUGAUUUUCUGCGGCGCCCUGGUCAACGGGCCUUACGCUCUCAUCACAACUGCGGUGUCGGCGGACUUGGGCACUCACGAAUGUCUCCAAGGAAACUCAAAGGCCCUUGCCACCGUUACAGCCAUCAUUGAUGGAACGGGAUCUGUCGGUGCUGCUCUUGGACCCCUGCUGGCAGGUGUGAUCUCUAGCACCGGCUGGGACAAUGUCUUCUACAUGUUGAUGGCCGCUGAUGUCCUGGCUUGCCUAUUCCUUUCACGUGUGGUGUUCAAAGAAAUACGAGGGUGGUGCGGCUCCUACAGAAGAAAACGAGGCUCUUGUGUGGCAUUAACAGACCCAGUAGCGUUGGAUACGAAAUAGUUUGCAGUGUGAGUAUGCCCAUUGGUUCUCUCUUCCCAUCUAGUGGAGCAGGGUGUGCGUGCAAAUUUCAGGGUAUGAUUUUUCUCUUGAUUUCCCUCUUUCCCCCACGGGGCAUCUGUGAGGCAAAAACGC